CUGAAAGUCGGAAGUGUCGUUUGACGCUGCGUUGUUUUGGAAAAGUGUUCCAUCGACGGAAGAAUGGAGUCAAAGCCAGGCAGUCACAAGCUAAUAUUCGAAAAGGAGGGGGUGUAUCUUCACACCAACACUAAAAGGAACAACCAGGACACUACAAUUCCUGGAUUCAUACGCAUUGUGGAACGGGAUGGAGAGACUACUCUGGAAUGGAGCCCACUGGAGGACCAAGGGAGAAGCACCCCGGCAGUUAUGUACACAAAAAAGGAGGAAAAUGGAGGUGAAGAGGAAACAAACUUUGACCCCGGAUAUGAACCUGACUGGGCAGUUAUCAGCACCGUGAAGCGAGAGCAUGACCAUGAACGUGCUCCAGUACGAGAGACAGGUCACUGGGGCGCUUUCUCUCUCCCUCUGUCCGAGCUGUACUCGCUGCGGCGGGCCCGCUUUGCCCUUGGCCGGAACUUCAUGGUGGUGACCAGCAGGGGGGGCCACCCACUGCCUGCGCUGCACUUUCACAGAGGGGGCACCCAGGAGCUGCUGCGAGCCCUGCGCCACCACAUCAGCCUCAUCCCGUCUCCCGUGGAUGGGAGGCUCUAUCUGGCCUACCCCAAAGACUCCAAUGGUGCCUCACAGGAAGGUGAUGAACAACUGUUGGAUGAAAACAGUCCUGAUAUUGUAUCGAGGUUCAUGCAGGACCCCUAUGCGACUACCCUGGGGGGUUUCUCCAAGGUGACCAAUUUCUUCAGGGGGGCCCUGCGACCCCCAGACUCGGGCAUGAGGUCCGCUCACGGUUCCCACUCCCUCCAUGCCGCUGACGACGAGCCGGGAUUCGAACUCAUCACCCCCGGUGCCGAGCUUGGGCCCAGACCAGACGUCACGAGGGGACCGCCUCUGGACAACUGGGAGGAGUUUCUUGACCCAGAAGGGCGUGUCAUAGAUCCUGACCAAGUUAAACAGCUGGUUUUCAGAGGGGGGAUCACUCCAUCCCUGCGGAAGGAAGUAUGGAAGUUUCUGCUGGGAUUCUAUCCUUGGAAAAGCACUGCCAAAGAAAGGGAAGAUAUCGUCAGAGCAAAAACAGAUGAAUACUUCAGGAUGAAGGUUCAGUGGAAGUCAGUCAGCGAAGAGCAAGAAAUGAGGAACUCCCUGCUCAGGGGUUAUCGCAGCCUCAUAGAGCGCGAUGUGAAUAGGACAGACAGGCACAACACAUUCUUCUCUGGGAAUGACAACCCAGGCCUGGUAUUGCUUCAUGAUGUCCUCAUGACCUACUGCAUGUACAACUUUGAUCUGGGCUACGUCCAGGGCAUGAGUGACCUCCUGUCUCCGCUCCUCUUUGUGACUCAGAAUGAGGUGGAGUCUUUCUGGUGUCUGACGGGUUUCAUGGAUAUGGUGCACCAUAACUUUGAGGAAUCUCAGGAGGCGAUGAAGCAUCAGCUCCUGCAGCUCAGUUUGCUCCUCCGAGCGCUGGACCCUGAGCUCUGUGACUAUCUAGAUUCCCAAGACAGCGGCUCGCUCUGUUUCUGUUUCCGAUGGCUGCUCAUCUGGUUCAAGAGAGAGUUCUCCUUCGAGGACAUCCUGUCUCUGUGGGAGGUGAUGUGGACCCGUCUGCCAUGCUCCAACUUCCACCUGCUGAUGGCCUGUGCCAUUCUGGAGUCGCAGAAGGGGGAGUUGAUUGGCUCCAAUCACGACUUCAACACUAUCCUCAAGCACAUCAAUGAGCUGUCCAUGAAACUGGAUCUCCACUCGGUGCUUUGUGGUACUGAGGCCAUUUACCUGCAGCUGGCCAGCUGUAAGGAGCUCCCAAUUAAAGUGCUGGAGGUGUUGGACUUGUACGUUCCCCCCAGGGAAGUUGACAGCACUAUUUGUGACUCCAUGUCACAAAGCCACGAGACAGACUACCUACUCAACCAAUCAGAGGGUGGAGCUGCUGCGGCAGGCAGCCAACCAGGCAGCUGCAUAGUACCACCACGCCCUCCCCCCACAUACCCCUAAACUCCGAGGACUGUUGGACUGAGAGCAUUUUAUAAGGAAUUGAAGUGUUUUGGAUGACGCAUGAAAGACUGUACUGUUUGUGCAUAAGAGCUUAAAGUAUAAAAAACUUGGCUACACUUUAUCCUAAUGGUGUAUUAAUGACUCGAUAGUUAGGAUCAUUUUUCAUAUUUAUAUGGAUGUGCUUUGGCGCUGUUUAUUCCUGAUGAAGGCAUUUUUACACUAACUGUUGUUAUAUGAAAAGUUCUAGAAUAAGAGGGACGUGUGCAAUAAACCAGCCUCUGCUUAACCAAAUGCAAAGGCACCAGAAGGGAUUUAUAACGGAACUUAUUGACAUGAAUAUAUUACUGUAGCAUCAAGAUAUGGCCACCAUUUAAAUGUCAGUGAUUUUUACUUCCUGGUUAUUAAUACACUGUGUGAUUAAGUGUAGCGCGAUGGUUGUUUUGGAGGAUCCUCUGAAAUUGGAUGAACAGAGAGGGCCACUUAUGUGAAGUCGGUGUAGCGCAGAAGGAUGCUUGUCCUCUCUUUGUGUUUAUGUUCUCUUUGUGGAAGGUAUCUGUAAUACUAUGCUGUGCUACAAAUCCAUAGUAACCUUAAGGUAUGUAAUCAGCGUAUAUUGCAAUAGAGUUUCUCACCUGUCAUGCCUGCCUGUUUUCUCCCUUUCUGACCUUGGUCUGUUGAGUGGCAAAAUGCAAAACUUUGUCUGUGUUCCAGUUCGUAUUCUCUGUGUCCUCUGUGAACGGGCAUUGUGGUGACAUAUGAAAAUGGUAGUGGUGAAAUUGAAGAGAGGGAGAGCAGUUUUAGUUGGAGAAGAAAAAGCUAUGUUUGUUUCUCCGUCUUUGUGUAAGCUUUGUAUAUCAUCUGUUUAAAAAAAGAUUGCUAAAAUGUGCUUUUUCAUGUCUUCGUUAGUCUAUAUAUUGUUUGCAUACAAUUCUGUCAAAUGUUUUUCUGGCCUUUUUUUAAUGUGCAGGAUGUUUAAGUGUCUGUGUCCCUCCGAUUGGGAAAGGAGAUGAAAGAGGCUAUUGGCUCACUGACAGCCUGAUGUUGUGACCUGCGUGAUGCUAUCACAGCCCAGUGCAAAUGCUGCAUGCGUUACCAUUUCUUUUCCUUUUUUAAACCACAAUAUCAUGACAUAUUUACCAUUUAUUUAAACAAUAAAUAACUGCCAGUUAACUCGGA